GUUUUGUUUGUUUGUUUUGGUUCCAGCGAUGAAGUACCUGUUAGAAAUCAUCUCCACCGCAGUGAUAACAGAAGAGAUAGGUGUUUAUACUGAGACUGCUGAAGGAACUGACAUCUAGCUUUGGGGACAGGUCCAGUUUCUGGGAGCUGCUUCACAAUCUCGCUGAUUCCUCGCUUAUCUUGAAGAGGAAGAGCCAACAAUACCACACAAACUAACAGUGACAGUUAAUAUUACCGAUUUGUUUAGACAAACAUCGGUCAGUAGUCGCAGAGCUUUGGUUGAGUCGUGUUCGAAGUGUCGUGCGUGCGUGCAAAAUGGAAGCCCCCAAGGUCGAACUGUGCGAAAAUCCACGCCAAAACGCGAGCCUGCUUUCGGUGCUGACGUUCUGGUGGACAAAGGACAUGUUCCGGAAAGGGUCGACCAGAACGCUAGGCCUGUCGGAUCUGUACACGCCGCUUGAGGCCGAUCGGUCCGACACGCUGGGAGAUGGCUUGGAAAAACACUGGAAGCAACAACUUCAAACGGACCCAAAACGUCCCUCCAAGAGCGCCAAACCCUCCCUGGUGAAGGCCAUCUUCCGCACUUUUUGGCGCGAACUGAUGCUCCUGUCCACUGUGACCCUGUUUGGUGAAAUCAUCCUUCGGAUCGCCCAACCCAUCCUGCUGGGACGACUGUUGCUUUAUUUCAGGCGCCAAACCGACAUGACCCACGAGGAGGCCCUCUACUACGCGAUCGGCAUGAUCGCGGCCAAGGCGGCCAGCGUGAUCCUGGACAAUCAGUACUCGGUGAUUGCGUUCCUGACGGGCGUCCGCUCGCGGAUCGCCGUGUGCAGCUUGAUGUACCGUAAAGCGUUACGUCUUUCGCGGAACGCCCUCAGCGACACUUCGCCCGGCAAGGUCGUCAACCUGAUGUCGAACGACGUGAACCGGUUCGACAUUCUGUCGUACCUGCUGUGCUACAUGUGGUCCGCCCCGAUCGUGACGAUCAUCGUGCUGGUGCUGCUUUGGCACGAGGUCGGCUGGGCGGGACCCAUUGGGAUGGGGGUGAUCUUUGUCGUGACGCCGAUUCAGUCCGUUUUCGGCAAGUUAACAUCGCGGUACCGACUCGAAACGGCGCUCUGUACGGACAAGCGGAUCCGCUCGAUGGACGAGAUCAUCUCCGGGAUCUACGUGAUCAAGCUGUACGCGUGGGAGAAACCGUUUGCCCAGCUGAUAUCGCUGGCGAGGAAGCUAGAGCUGAAGACGGUACUCAAGAGUAACGUAAUCCGUGGUCUGUACAUGACCUUCCAGCUGUUUACGACGCGGGCCGCUCUGCUUGGCACGAUCGUGACGCUGAUUCUGAUGGACGAGGAAGUAACGGCGGCCAAGGUGUUUGUGGUGGCCAGCUAUCUGAACAUCGUGUCGCACGUGAUGGCCGGGAUGUUUAUUCGGGGUGUGGCGGAAAUUGCCGAGGGAUUGGUCGCGACCCGGCGGCUGCAGGACUUUCUUGAGCUGGAGGAGAUCGAAGGGGGACACCAAGCGGAGGGAAAGAUCGUUCCCGAUCUUUUGCAAAGUGAAAAACCUCACGACGAUAUGGUUGAGGUGCCAGCGGACGUCGCAAUUUCGUUGCGGAACGUUACGGCUCGCUGGGAGUCGGAUAAAGACAGUCCGGUGACUCUGAACGAGCUGAACAUAGAGUUCCGUAGAGGUCAGCUUAUCGGGAUCGUAGGGGCUAUUGGAUCCGGAAAGUCUUCAAUACUGCAAGCGAUCCUCAAGGAACUCCCUAUAGAAAUGGGUCAAAUCCUAAGCAGAGGAUCGAUCUCUUACGUCAGCCAAGAGCCCUGGCUGUUUUCAGGAAGUAUCCAGCAAAACGUCCUCUUUGGAAUACCAAUGGAUAAAAAGCGCUAUCGGGACGUACUUCGUGUGUGCGCGCUCGAUGCGGAUCUGAAGCAGUUUCCGGACGGAGAUCGGACGAUCUUGGGUGAUCGAGGUAUCUCGCUGUCGGGCGGACAGAAGGCGCGAGUUUGCUUGGCACGAGCAGUCUACAAAGCUUCCGACGUGUACUUGCUGGACGACCCGUUGAGUGCCGUGGACGCCCACGUUGCUCGACACCUGUUCGAUUUGUGUCUGGGCGCACGAGGUUACCUCGGGAAGCAAGGAGCGACGAGGAUCCUGGUAACGCACCAGGUUCACUUCCUGGUGGAAUCCGACUGGAUCGUGGUUAUGAAUGAGGGUAAAGUCCAAGCACAGGGAACACCUCACGAUCUGAUCCACAAGGGCAUCGAUCUGCUCCAAAUCAGUGAAGAAGAGUACCACGAGAGUCACGGACCGGACAUUCAACGGCAAAACUCCGUUUCGUCGGUAGCUUCGUCCAAAUCGGGCGUCAGUCAACCCGAAGAAGAUCACACCAAAGCGGUCGAGCAGGCGUUCGAGAAGUCCUCCGAGGAUACGGUGAAGGGGUCGAUGUUUAUGCACUACGUUUCGGGAGCCGGAGGUAUUGCUGUUUUUACGAUGUUGAUCGGAAUGUUUGUUGGAACGCAGCUGAUCGUCAGCUUCGCCGACUAUUGGGUUUCGUUCUGGGUGUCCCAGGAGGAGUUGAGGACGUUUCUUAGCAAACAGAACGAUACCAAUGCCCAGAAGGAGGAGUUUGGAGGUCCUCUUGGUACGGAUGUCUGUUUGUACGUGCAGACGGCGGCUGUGGCCGGAGUUUUCAUCAUAGGGUUGACGAGGGCAACCACCUUCUACCGGUACUGUGCGCGAGCAUCCCAAUCCAUUCACGAUUGGUGCUUUCGGAGCUUCAUAUCGGCAACCUUGCGUUUUUUCGACACAAAUCCGGCAGGCCGGAUGUUGAACCGCUUCUCCAAGGAUAUGGGCGCGAUGGACGAGCUGUUGCCAAAGUCAAUUAUGGACUCCACCCAGACCAUUCUGACGAUCAUCGGCGCCAUGGUGGUGGUGAUGGUCGUGCAGCCGUACUUUAUAGUGCCGAUUUUAGUUCUGUUGGCGAUCCUGCUUUACGCGAGGAGUAUUUAUAUGAAAACGUCGCAGAACACCAGAAGACUUGAGGGGAUCACACGAUCACCAAUCUUUUCGCACAUUGCAACGACCCUGCACGGACUGUCCACGAUUCGAUCAUUCCAGGUGCAAUCCCUGCUGAUCUCCGAGUUUGAACAGCACCAGAACGUCAACACCGGCGCCAACUUCAUGUUCCACAGCGGAAGGUUCGCCUUCGGUAUGGUUCUGGACUUGAUCUUUUUCGUCUUUCUGGCCAUAGUCGUGUUCACCUUCCUGCUCAUGCAGACGGAUGCCCUGGGCGAUAAGGUAGGCCUGGUGGUGACCCAGAUUACCGCACUUGCCGGCAGUAUCCAGUUUGGGAUUCGACAGAGUGCGGAAAUGUUCAACCAUCUGAUCGCGGUUGAACGACUGCUGGAGUACCGAGGUCUGCCUUCGGAGAAGCAACCCACUCAGGAUUCAACCACCCUAGCCAAGGUCAAACAGUGGCCAUCGUGUGGCGGAAUUCAGUUCAAAGGUGUCAACUUCAAGUACUUCGAAGAGGCGCCCUUGGUACUUCGCAAUCUCUGCUUCGAGAUAAAACCCAAAGAGAAAAUCGGGAUCGUGGGUCGAACAGGCGCCGGCAAAUCGUCCAUCAUUGGAUCCCUCUUUCGGACGGCACUGAUCGAGGGAAGCAUCACAAUCGACGAAGUGGACACUGCCGAACUGACGCUGGAAACGCUGCGAUCAAGCAUUUCGAUCAUCCCCCAAGAUCCGGUGCUGUUCAGUGGAACGCUGCGCAAGAAUUUGGACCCCUUCGACCGGUACUCGGACGAGGUGCUGUGGCGAUCGUUGGAGUUGGUCGAACUGAAGGACAUUGCCGGUCCGCUGGGUCUGCAGUCGCACGUCGCCGCUGGAGGGUCCAACUUUAGCGUUGGUCAACGACAACUGCUCUGCUUGGCGAGAGCAAUCCUGAGAGAAAACAAGAUCCUCGUGCUGGAUGAAGCUACUGCCAACGUGGAUCCGGAAACCGAUCGCCUUAUCCAGCAAACCAUCAGGGAACAGUUUGUGGAUUGCACGGUUCUAACAAUAGCUCACCGGCUCAACACCAUCAUGGACUACGAUCGGGUGCUGGUGAUGAGCGAGGGGACGGCGGUCGAAUUUGGAACGCCCAGGGAACUCCUGGAAAUACCAAACGGUGUGUUCAGGGAUAUCGUCCUGGCGACCGGACCCGUUGAGGCGGAGAAUCUUAUGAAUAUGGCUAGGAAGGUUUAGCCAAUUUUAGGGUGUUUUAUACGUGUAGAUUUAAGUUUAAAAUUGUUGUACUUAGAUAACUGUGAUUUCUUGCCACUGAGUGCCGAAAUAAAUGUUUUAAUAGUAAAUUUAACAAAU